AGGGCCCCGAAUUUCCCGCAGUGAGGCUAGAGGCGGCCAUCUUGAGAGCGGGCUCGGCUAAGCGGCUGCCAGCUUCCAAGAUGGUGGGAGCCGCGGCUGCCUGGUUCCUAUCCUUCGCCUGGGGGUGCUGAGCAACCCGGUCCCUGGACCAUGACCGGGGUGGCCUCGUUGCUGUUGCUCCUCCGGGGGAGCUGCCGCGUAUUGCGGCUGGCCCCGCGGACUUUCCUGGUGGCUGGGCUUCGGACUUUGCGGAGCGACUGGCCCAGGACCUCCAAGGAGGACGCAGGAGGCAGCCGCGGCCUUCAGAGCCUUCUGUCUCAAAUGCUUUCUCCCACAUCUGGAGGACUUGCUCAUAAUGUAGCAAAAAGGCAAUUUAUCCCCUUCCAACUCUGGAAACUUCUAGGUAGCACUUACUAUUUUUCUACCUCUGGUUCUCGACGCAAUGGCAGCAGUGGUAAAGAGUCCAAUGGGAAAUCCCCGGAAGAAGACGAGGAGGAAAAGAGACGCCGGGAGAUGAUGAACCAGAUGUACCGGGAGCGCUUGAGGAACCUCAUUUUCAUUGCUAUCUUCAUAAGCGUGCUGAACUACUUCAGCAGUGGCUGGAACAGCCUAUCCUGGAAUGACUUUGUGAAUGAGAUGCUGGCAAAAGGGGAAGUGCAGCGGAUUCAGGUGGUGCCAGAGAUCGACAUUGUAGAAGUCUACUUGCAUCCAGGGGCAGUUGUGUUUGGACGGCAUAGGUCUACCCUGAUGUACAGAAUGCAGAUAGCAAACAUUGACAAGUUUGAGGAGAAAUUGCGAGCAGCUGAGGACGAGCUGAACAUUGACCCGAAAGACAGGAUCCCCGUCUCCUACAAGCGCAUUGACUUCUUUGGAAAUGCCCUCUAUUCUCUGGGGAUGGUUGCUGUGGUCAUCGCCAUCCUGUGGUACAUCUUUCGCCUGAUCGGGAUGGCAGGAAAGGAAGGAGGUUUCAGUGCCUUUAACCAGCUGAAGAUGGCUCGCUACACUAUCGUACAUGGCAAAUCUGGGAAAGGGAUCAGCUUCAAGGAUGUUGCAGGAAUGCAUGAGGCCAAGUUGGAAGUCAGGGAAUUUGUGGAUUAUCUGAAGAACCCAGAGCGCUACUUGCAGCUUGGCGCCAAAGUGCCCAAAGGUGCCCUGUUGCUCGGACCACCAGGCUGUGGCAAGACCUUGUUGGCAAAAGCUGUAGCUACUGAGGCACAGGUGCCAUUCCUGGCAAUAGCUGGCUCUGAGUUUGUGGAAGUGAUAGGAGGACUUGGGGCUGCUCGUGUGCGGAGCCUCUUCAAAGAAGCCCGGGCCCAUGCUCCUUGCAUCGUCUACAUUGAUGAAAUAGAUGCGGUGGGGAAGACGCGCUCCACGAACGUAUCUGGCUUCUCCAACACAGAGGAGGAGCAAACCUUAAACCAGCUGCUAGUAGAAAUGGAUGGCAUGGGGACCACCGAUCAUGUCAUAGUGUUAGCAUCCACCAACCGGGCAGAUAUCUUGGAUAAUGCUCUCAUGAGACCUGGGAGGCUUGACCGUCACAUUUUUAUUGAUCUGCCCACUCUGCAGGAGAGGCGGGAGAUCUUCGAGCAGCACCUGAAGGGCUUGAAGUUGUCCCAGGCUGGCAGUUUUUAUUCCCAGCGCUUGGCUGAGCUCACUCCAGGGUUCAGCGGAGCAGACAUCGCCAACAUCUGUAAUGAGGCCGCUCUCCAUGCAGCAAGGGAGGGACACAAAUCCAUUGACACCUUCAACUUUGAGUAUGCUGUUGAGAGAGUCAUUGCAGGAACUGCCAAAAAGAGCAAGAUCUUAUCGCAGGAGGAGCGAAGAGUUGUGGCAUUUCAUGAGUCGGGUCAUGCACUUGUAGGCUGGCUGCUGGAGCACACAGAGGCUGUCAUGAAGGUUUCCAUUGCUCCUCGUACAAACGCUGCCUUGGGCUUUGCGCAGAUCCUGCCAAGGGACCAGCACCUUUUCACCAAGGAUCAGCUCUUUGAGCGGAUGUGCAUGGCCCUGGGCGGGAGAGUUUCGGAAGCUAUUACAUUUAAUAAAGUCACUACAGGGGCACAAGAUGACCUGAGGAAAGUAACGAAGAUAGCCUAUUCGAUGGUGAAGCAAUAUGGGAUGGUGCCCAAGGUUGGACACCUGUCCUUCCCAGAACUGGAAGGUGAUCCAGGGAUAGGGCGGCGUCCCUUCAGCCAUGGACUCCAGCAAAUUAUGGACCAUGAAGCAAAGAUGCUGGUGGCCCAAGCCUACAGGAGCACAGAGAAACUGAUAUUAGACAAUCGGGACAAACUGAGGGCGCUGGCUAAUGCCCUGCUAGAGAAAGAAGUAAUCAACUACAGUGACAUUGAAGCCUUAAUUGGGCCUCAUCCCCACGGACCUAAGAAAAUGAUCAGCCCUCAGAGCUGGAUCGAAGCGGAGAGAGACAGACAAGAUGUGGGAGAUGAAGAGCCACCCCAGCAGUCGCAGAGCCAAGAGGUGGAGGAGGAGGAAAACCAGAGACCAGUUUGAAACUGGCUUAUGAUGUGGAGUGUGAUAAGGGACGAGUGGCUUCCUUUCUGAACAUAGAGGCACAAAGAGUACCUCCUUGCCUGUAUGUAGGCCGCUGUGCUCGUAUUUUGCGAUGGACUGUGAGUGAAGUCCAGCUUCCCCUCUAAGAAUGAGCAAGCUGUGGAUAACGUAGGAGUAUGGGCUCAUCAUUAAAAUUUAAGUAACGUUAUCGUUUGGAAGGCCCCAACACCGCUGGGUCACCAAAUUGUACUUCUGGGCAUGUGCGUGGUAAGUCUGGGCAGGGCAAGGCCUUGAGUAAACAGCUGCUGUGCUCUGCUUUGUAUUACUUGUUGCUGGUGGCACACACUCGCAUCCUCAUUUGACACAACAGCGAUGACCACAUACCUAGCAGCCAGAGUUUUACGCUGCUCCUUGGUAUCAACAACACAAGUAUUUCUCUGGGGGUUUUUUAUACAUGUCUCUUGAGGUGUGCAAAUAUCUGUUGUGGGUGAUGGGGACUCACAGUUCCUCUGAGCUAUCACCAGGUCCAAGCUCUGACCACAAGCUAGGGGCAGGUAUAACCCCUGCAUACUGCUGGGGCUCCCAAGAGUGGCUUUGAAGGGAGAGAGGGCCCUCAAGCCCUUGAGGGAGUACUUUGGGUAGAUGGCAGUGUCUGGUUCUUAUAGAGGCCUUUAGACCAAGUGUGUGUCUAGGGCAGCUUGUGGCAGCAGGGAUAAACUUUCUUGCUAAGGAAUUAAAGCUGAAGAAGAGGGAGGCGUGGAGAAAGAAAAAGGCUAGUUGCAUUUUCUCCCCCUCCCCCCAAUGUGGAUUAUUUCCCUGAGGACUAUUGUCUCUGUCCUUGAACAACCCUUGUCUGGAUUUUUCUCCUGCCAACAUUUAAUUUGCAGUUCUCAGGCUGCCUCCUUUCUGAGCCCUCCCUCAUACAUGGAUGGGGUGAGCACAAACACUCUCACACUCUCCUGUCUUUCUGAAUUACCUCGGUGUGGAGUGACUUGUUUUUUAGAACCGCAGCCACCAUAUCCCUUGAGAUGCGAUCCUCCUGAAUGUGUAUUUCAACAUGGGAUGUUGCAGCACAACAUAAAGAAAAGCCAAGUGUUUAGUACUCUUCAGUAACCAGCCCCUUUCUCCAUCUGCCCCAGUGGGCCUUUGCAGAAAAGUCAUCAGUGAUCUGUGUAUACCACCUAGUGGUCUAUUGAUAACUCUGCACCAAAUUGCUGUGUUUCUAUAGGAAUAUGUACAGGGCAAUAUACCAAGCUGAAUCAUCAUGGCUGUAAUUAGCCCAUUUCCCUCCAAGAGGGAGCCAGACACACUGGCAGUAACUAAGCUUCUAGCGCAUGGGUGGUUAAUACUUUGGCUGUAUAGUGAUGACAUAUUGAAAGAAAUUCUGGAGCAGGAAGGUAAUGUUAAAUUAAUUGUUCUGGACCCCAGGCCUCUGGAAUGGCUUGUAUGAAUUUUUUUUCCCAGUGGGGUGUUGUUUCUUAAGAAAAUAGAGUUGAAAGCUGUUCAGUUGAAGGGUUGUUACUAGGAGAACCACUGCUUGCCCUGCACACUACUCUUUCCAAGGUCCAGGAUGGGGGAAGAGAGCCACGAGUGCUCCAUGCUUUGAUUCUUCCACACUUCCUCUGUCCAAGGGUCUGGCUCAUUGCAUUUGUAAAACCAUGACCUGGCAUGCUCUGUAAUAAAUCUCUGUCAUCCCAA